GCAGCUGGGGCGGCUCGCCCACCCCCACCCCCACACGACUACUCCGGUGUCCCCAGGCUGCAGGUGGGCACCCCAGGUCUCUCAGGCCCCCGCAUCGGGGUCCCUGCAGCUGGGUCAGCGGCUACCCGAGGAGGGGGAAGCUGUCCAGGUUCGAGGUCCCACACCCCGGAAGCUCGACGGACUGGAUUCGCUUUUCCGGAGUUGCUAAAGGGUGAGGGCGUGCCCCCCCCCUCCCCGCACAAAGGGUGAGGGGGUGACCGGGCUGGGCGGGCUCUACGGCAGAGCCAGCACCCCCUCCCUGCAGAGAGCCCCAAGCAAAAGCGAAAGGGCCCCUGCGUGGUGCCCGCAGCUUUGUGACUUCACGCGUUUCGCAAGCAGCCGGGGCGCCCCACCCGGCCCCCCAGCCCGCCGCCGCCACCCAGCCACUCAGCCGCCCGCCACCCAGCCCGCCGCCCUCCACCCAGCCACGGAGCCACCCAGCCGCCCGCCCGUCGCGCGCUCUCUCCCUCCCUCCGCGCCGGUCCGCCCGGCAUCCCCCCAGCGCCCCUGGCGUCGAAGCGAUGCUGUGCUUCCUCAAGGGAAUGGCCUUCGUCCCCUUCCUCUUGGUGACCUGGUCGUCCGCUGCCUUCAUUAUCUCCUACGUGGUCGCCGUGCUCUCUGGGCACGUGAACCCCUUUCUCCCUUACAUCAGUGAUACAGGAACAACACCUCCAGAGAGUGGCAUUUUUGGAUUCAUGAUAAACUUCUCUGCAUUUCUUGGUGCAGCCACCAUGUACACAAGAUAUAAAAUUGUGGAGAAGCAAAACCAAACCAGUUAUUUCAGUACUCCUGUCUUUAACUUAGUGUCGUUAGUCCUUGGACUGGUGGGCUGUAUUGGAAUGGGCAUAGUAGCCAAUUUUCAGGAGCUUGCGGUCCCUGUGGUGCAUGAUGGAGGCGCCCUGCUUGCUUUUGUCUGCGGCGUGGUGUACACGCUCCUGCAGUCUGUCAUCUCCUAUAAGUCCUGUCCCCAGUGGAACAGCCUCUUCACCUGCCACAUCCGGAUGGCCAUCUCUGCCGUGUCCUGCGCAGCUGUGGUGCCUAUGAUCGCCUGUGCAUCACUAAUUUCUAUAACUAAGCUGGAAUGGAAUCCAAAAGAAAAGGAUUACAUUUAUCACGUAGUGAGUGCAAUUUGUGAGUGGACAGUGGCCUUUGGUUUUAUUUUCUACUUCCUGACAUUCAUCCAAGACUUCCAGAGUGUCACCCUCAGGAUAUCCACAGAAAUCAACGAUGAUAUUUGAAGGCAGAAGAAUGAGAUUUUACUCAGUGAAGAUGCAGGGUGUUUGUAGCCAUGGGACAGAAGAGAGACAGGGUUCUACCUCUGCCCUGGCUUCCCUGGCUGUAAUGUGUCGGCGGCCUGUCUGGGACUUGAAUCUCUUUCAGAAUUCCUAAUAGUUGUAUUAUUUCCAAAGGUAUGUCUUCCUAGAGUAUGUAGAGAGCACUUAUGACAUUGUCACAAUAUUUUAAAAAAGUUUUUCUAAGUAGACAUUUAAAAAAAAAAAGUUAACACAUCCAUUCCCAAAGAGAUAAGGUGUUACAGAAAAUGGAGAACGCUUUAUUUUUGUACAAACUGUUUUUUUUUUUUUUUCCUUUUGCCUGUGAGUGAUUUCUGAACAUUUGUGCAAUGGAGAAUUCACUAAAGAAUAGAAUCAAGAGAUGUUUUUAUUUUUCAUUUUAUUUUAGAGGCUAAGUUGUGUGAUUUUUUUCUAUCGUAAGAACGUUUUUAUAAAAAUUCAGUUUAGGGAGUCAGGUGGUAGUGCAGCGGGUUAAGCGCAUGUGGCACAAAGUGCAAGGACUAGCAUAAGGAUCCUGGUUGGAGCGCCCAGCUCCCCACCUGCAGGAGAGUCGCUUCACAAGUGGUGAAGCAGGUCUGCAGGUGUCUAUCUUUCUCUCCCCCUCUCUGUCUUCCCCUCCUUUCUCCAUUUCUCUCUGUCCUAUCCAACAACGAUGACAUCAUCAUCAACAACAAUAAAAACAACAAGGGCAACAAAAGAGAAAAUUUAAAAAAAUUAAAAAUUCAGUUUAUAUUGAUCACUAAGGUUUUGCUCAUAAAUUAACACUAAGGUACUGAUUUUUAGAUGAAUUUAGCAAAAAGAAAAAGAAAAAAAGUUUCAGUGAAAAACUUUAGCUACUGCUGUGCACAUUGUAACAAACGCAGGAGACCUGUGUUGAAAUUCCAUCUCCCUGAGCCUCUGUGCUAAUGAAGGCAAAGAUUUUGACUUUGUUAGUGGGCAGAAUUCUAGGUGGCAUGGAGUCAGCAAGGCAAGCUGGAAAGCUCACCCCAUUCUGGAAUGUCAUCUUUGUUAGGUGAACAGGGAAGGAAAUUAUCUCAGGCCCAUUUACUAAAAGCAGGAUUCUGGAAAAGAAACGUCCACUUAGUAUGAGACACCUCUAACAGCCAAUCUGUGAAAUGCACAGAGAAUGCCUUUUAUGAAACCACCCUUUCUUGGUAGUGGUAUGACUUUGAUCUGCGGUCUAACCAAAAGGGGGACAACUCACAUCUCCAUUCGAGCUUGGGUUGUAGAGAACACAGGUCAAAGAUACUGUGGAGAAUGGCGCACAGUGCACUUGAUGUGCUGUUCCUCUUAGCACCUUUGGCUGGCUGAUUACACAUUAUAGGUGAUGUGAAUCAGACCCUCUGACAAGCAGAAUCUAUACACCCUGCCUCCACCCCCCACCCCAGACUAUGAGUAGUAAAUGAAAAGCAACUUAUUCCAGGGCAAGAAGGGAGCCUUGGAAUGUUAAACAGGCUUUAACAUUUGAGGUUUGAGAGUUGGAAGAAAUUUUUCUUCUCAGACUUACCAGAACACUUCUGUGUCUGGCCAAGUGGAGCCAGACCCUGACCUUGGGUGCAUGUGCCAGGGGCAGAGCAGUACACUUGAACGUCCUGGGAAGUGCUCUGAGGAUGGUGAGCCCACAAUGGCUCCCCAGUCACUAACUGCUUUGUUGAGUGAAUGAAGUAGUAAACUCAGCAGUGGCCAGUCACCUCAGAAAUGACAACUGUGUCUCCCCUAAGUGGUGAAGAGACCUGGUACCAAUUUCUGGGUCUGUGUACUUUCUAGUGCUGCAGGGACCCCACUGUUAAUACUGGAGCUAAGACCCUGAAUACCACAAUGUCUUUACUAUUUCAAAACAGAGACAGCAUGACAUACACACUUCAGUUCACAUUUCACUUCUUUCUACUCCAGCACUUUUAUUUCCACAUUUCCCUGCGAUAUUAGAUUGGGCCUUUUGUAAUCAUCUAAUUUUGUAAACCUUUAUUAAAUCACUGGUCAAAUAAAAAGAGAAAAAGAUUAAAUAGGAAGCUCUUUGAGGGCAGAAUAUGUACCUUACUCGAUGUGACACCAGCAUUGUACAGGAUGCCUCUUGGCACCCAUUAGGUGCUCAAAUAACUAUUCACUGAAUGUGUGUUAUGAGUGGAUGAACAAACCAAUGAAGUGUGCAUGAUGUGACUUACUCUGGUUUACUGGAUAAGGAUCCAUUGUCUCUCUUGCCCAUUACAGUUGACAGUUUUGCUUUGUGUGCUGUAAAUGUUGCAGUUUGGGUUUCCCCCUACUGGACAGCUCUCUUCAACCCAGACAGCUCCUGCAGAAAUGGCUACUUGGGCCAUAUAGACUGGCACACCUGGCUUGGCACACUGUGAAGGGCCAAAUGUCACGGCAGACUACCCCAUUCUGCUGAUUUCAUGCAGCCUCUAACACUGGUCUCUAACACAUGCUGGUAUUACUUCUUUUAGUGAACUCGAAUUUCCUUGAACCUCAUGGCCUUGAAACAGGAAAAUAAAGUGAAAUAUUUCUUUAUGCUAGUAA